AUGGCCUCAAUUUCUUCUAGCAGCGCAGCUCCCCAACAACCAAGCUUCUAUGAUGUCAACAUGCUGGAGCAGGAGUGUGUGCUUAAUGACCUUGAGAAUGCCUCUGGGAGAUCAAACAUUGUGAUGCCACCCCCUCCCCCACCUGCCCCCUUUGAUGCAGCACAGCAACCUACUUUUGCCCCUCCACACCAAGCACAUCUACCAGCAUGUUCUCUCUAUCCAAACCUGCAUCAAAGGGUUUGGGAAAAUGCAAAGCUGAAGGAACCAUCUGUCUUUGGAAAGUCUGUGAAAUCCUCGCAUGUCACUGUCCCUCAAGCUUUCCAGCAGAUGGGCUUGGAUAUCUGCAACCUCAAUGCGACCUUUGGCAUUGCAGUGAACACUUUGCAGGAGCGCACAUCAUACUCCAUUACUCACUCUGUUGAUCCUAUUCCUUUGCACUGA